AUGAUCUUGGAAGUGUCAUUGAAUGAGGUCUGUGCGCUCUUGGUCUUCGGUAUUUCGCUACUUACCGCUUGGAAUGCCAACGCCAAUGGUUUUGUAUGGGACGAUCGUACUGCAGUCUUGACCAAUGACGACGUGCAACAUAGCAAUUUAAUGGAAGUUUUUUCCCAUGACUUUUGGGGUACGCCCAUCCAAUCUAUCCAAAGCCAUAAGAGUUACCGACCUUUAACUGUAUUAAGCUUCCGACUGAAUUAUCUUAUGGCCAAGGGACAUAGUGCUUGGCUUUAUCACUUUACGAACACGCUCGUGCAUGCCAUGUGCGCGGUACUCGUGUGGAAGGUAGCAAACGUUCUCUUUCAGCAACAUCAAAAUCGAAUGAUGGUCUCGGGUAUCAAGGAAAAACCACGAGGUUGUUCGUUGAUGAAUAGAAAUAAGAGCUUAACAUUAUUGAUGGAAGAAGGAUGGGAGAACUCUGUAGGGGUGUUGACAACUGGGUUAUUGUUUGCAGUCCAUCCGAUUCACUGUGAUGCAGUAGCAAGUAUAGUUGGACGAGCUGAUUUAUUGUGCACACUCUUUUCAUUAUCAGCCUUUAUAGUGUAUGUUGAUGGCGCACGAAAACUUGACACGUCUUGGGGGAGGGUGAUGGUUGCUUUAUUACUGACGAUAACGGCAGGGUUGUGCAAAGAGCUGGGAUUCUCCACGUUUGCACUAUUGAUAGUCUAUGACUUAUUAAACUUUCAAUGUUACCAACGAAUGGAAAGAUCAUGGCAAGUGGUACAAAAGCGAGUUCUUGUUGUGGGUAUUGUCGGGCUGGUUGCCGCGUUGAUACGCGUGUUGAUCAAUGGGGAACAUCAACAGAUGGAAUGGAAUAUUCUUGCUAAUAAUGUCGUAGUGCAAGAAAGCAGAUUGACUCGAAUGAUGUCCUAUGCGCAUGUGCACGCAUGGUAUCUGUGGAAACUUGUGUGGCCACGGUGGCUCUGUUUUGAUUAUGGAUACAACACUAUCUCGGCUGUUGAGUUGAUAACAGAUUUUCGAAAUUUACUCACACUAAUUGCGUACACUAUUGUAGGAGUCAGCUUACGCCAUGCUUUGCUUCAAUUGUCGGGAUCGAAUAAAACCCCCGCGUCGUCCUUGUUUAUGAUGAGUAUAGCUUUUGGAGUGAUUCCAUUUUUUCCAGCAUCAAACAUAAUCUUUCCAGUUGGUACCGUGGUUGCGGAACGAUUAAUGUAUUUCCCAAGCGUUGGAUUCUGUCUUCUCGUUGGAUGCAUUGCUGACCAAACGCUCACAAUCAUACACAAGUAUAUUCGACAGGAUACUUCCGUCGAAGGCAGUAACCGUUUGAACCAGUUUGGUAUAAGCCUCGCCAAGCCAAAGAUUUUUUUUGGUGCAGCUCGAAUCGUAAUGCUCAUUUGCGGUACAAUGACGAUCGCUGCGGGAUGCUACCGAAGUCAUUCGCGCAAUGCUGAUUGGAUUGACGAGCAAACGCUUUUUAGAGUGGCCGUUGACGUUGCGCCAACAAACCUCAAAGUUCUUUCGAAUGAAGCUAAAAAUAUCCUCAACUUAGAUCCAGAAAAGGCUCUCGGCUACCUGCGAGUCGCAAUCGGCAUGUUGCCAAAGUUUAUUGAGAGCCAGACAAAUGCUGGGCUUGCUUUUGUUACACUUGCAGCCAGAAACACCUCAAACGAAGAUUUUCACCUUUAUGGAAUUCGUCAUCUCUACAAAGCAGCGAUGCUUGCACCAGACACUUACCAAGCUCUCGGAUAUAUUGGUGUUGAAUUGUACACACACUGGACAAGAACGUUACAAACACACACUGACGAGUCUUCACUCGAAGACUUUUACGGAAGCGGAUCUAUCAAGCAUGCGACAGCAUAUUUGGACCUCGCAAUCAAUCGCAACACUUCCUAUCCAACCCAUUAUUACAAUCGAGGGAGCAUUGCCUAUGAAUGUGGAGACUUCGACAAAGCUAUUUACUUUUUCCAGAUGACUGAAAUGGCUAAUAACAUUGUUCGCGAUCGACAACUCGAUCUUGAAUUACUUGUUGAAGCCUCUUCUAUCUACAAUAUGAUUGGCAUAUCGUACAGGAAAAUGGGGGAUGUGGAUAAGGCUUUAGACAUACUACGAAGGGGCAUUGAGCUCUACCCAGAAGAAACAGAUCUUCAGAUAAAUGCUGCUUUAAUACUUAAGGAUAUGGGCAACCAUAAAGAGGCUGAUGAACAGCUUAAAGCUGCCUUGGUUGCUGCAACAAAGUGUGAACAUGUCGGGAAAUUGCUUAGAUCAGCAGAAAAGUUGAAUAACACGAAAACGAUAGACUUUGUGGGAGCAUUGCUGGAUCGUGCGGCAACACUUAAGCGUGAUUGUCCAUGA